CACAUUCGGCCCAACAUGGCAGCUUCAGCUAAGAAGAAGAACAAGAAGGGGAAGACUUUGACCCUCACUGACUUCUUAGCAGAUGAUGGGAGUAGUGGAGGUGGUGGAGGAGGAGGAGGAGGUGGAGGCGGCGGUGGUGGUGGCGGUCCCAGCACCACCUCCUAUGCCCCAAAACCAGUCAGUUGGGCUGAUGAGACCGAUGACCUGGAAGGAGAUGUCUCAACCACGUGGCAUAGUAAUGAGGAUGAUUCAUACAGGGGCCACGCGAUUGAUCGAUCCAUCCUUCCCACUGCCCCUCGAGCUGCACGUGAACCUAAUGUCGACCGAAGUAGACUCCCUAAAAAUCCUCCCUUCACUGCUUUCCUUGGAAACCUUCCUUAUGAUGUUAGUGAGGAAUCCAUCCAGAAAUUUUUCAGGGGACUAAAUAUUAGUGCUGUCCGUUUACCCAAGGAGCCUAGCAAUCCAGAAAGAUUAAAAGGUUUUGGCUAUGCAGAAUUUGAUGACCUGGAUUCUCUUCUGCGGGCUUUAAGUCUUAAUGAAGAAUCUCUUGGGAACAGAAGGAUAAGAGUGGACAUAGCUGAUCAAGCACAGGAUAAAGAUCGGGAUGAUCGUUCCUUUGGCAGGGAUCGAGAUCGCAAUAGAGACUCUGACAAGACGGACUCUUCUGAUUGGAGGGCACGCCCCACCACAGACAGUUUUGAUGAUUAUCCUCCUCGUCGUGGGGGAGACGAUAGCUAUGGAGAUAGGUAUCGCAGCAGUAAUGACCGCUAUGAUCGAGAUGGCCCACGUAGGGAUGACCGAUAUGAUCGAGACAGAGGAAGGGAGCGUUAUGAUGACCGUGAUCGAAGAGAUUUUGACAGAGGUGGUUAUGAUUCCCGAGGAGGUGGCAGCAGAAGAGCAUUUGGCAGUGGGUACCGUAGAGAUGAUGAUUUUAGAGGAGGAGGAGGAGGAGGAGGUGGUGACCGUUAUGGCGACAGGUAUGAAGAGAGACGAGAUGACAGGUCAGACAGGUGGAAUGGCUCCUCCAGGACUGAAGAGAGAAGGGAAGAGAGAGGUCCACCCCAGAGGCCAAAGCUGGUUCUCAAACCACGUUCUGCUCCCAAAGAGGAAGAAACCAUUGGAGGUUCUGCACCAUCCGGUCGAGCAGCUUCAAUCUUUGGUGGUGCCAAACCUGUGGACACCGCUGCUAGGGAACGUGAGGUAGAGGAACGUCUGCAGAAAGAGCAGGAGAAACUGCAGCAACGUCAUUUGGAUGAUGACCGGCCUCGACAGAUAGAGAGGAAGCCAAGAGAGAGACAUCCAAGUUGGCGCAGUGAAGACAACCAAGAGAGAUCUAGGACUGGAAGUGAGUCUUCUCAAACAGGCAACAGUGGAUCAUCUUCACGAAUCUCACGAAGACGGGAAAGUGAAAAAUCGGUAGAAAACGAAGUCUUUGGAAAAGAGGAGGAGUCUGCUAAUUUGAAAUCCAAUAAACCUGACUCCCAGCUCCCAUUAAAAGUAAUGCCUGCUCCUCCACCUAAGGAGAAUGCGUGGGUGAAGCGUAAUUCAGCACCUUCUUCCAAUCGGUCCCUCAGCUCAGAUUCUUCUCAGAGUGGAGGAGAAAGACAUAAUUCGGACAGGCGGCAACCUGGUACAGGGGAAAGAGGAACAGAUGAGAACAGUGAGGACGGUCUGGAAUCUGAAUCAAAGACCACUGGAGAACGUGGUAGAACAUCAGAUAGGAACGAAAAGGAUCUGGAUUCAAAGAAAUUCAGUCAAGCAAGCAAGUACGCAGCUUUGUCUAUGGAUGGGGAAGAGGAACCUGAAGGAUACGCUGACUAACAUGGGGAAUAUUUCUGUGUCCAUGGAUUCCUUAUUCCCUUCUCCUUUAAUCUCCCAUAUGUCCUUUUCCAUGACAGUCACUGGCAUAGGCCAGAGCAAGACAAGCAACACCCCUUCCGGCUCUGUCCCCUCAGAAAUCUAAAUCCAACUUUGACUCCUCAAACAAUGAACUUCAGUUAGAACACAAUAAGCUGUUUGUUCUCUUGCAUGCUGCUGCAGCUUUAUACCGUGUGUGCGUGAGUUAGGAGGGGGCAUAAAUGCAUUGUGGUGGUAGGGGAGCUCGAUCACAUUUAACGCUUUAUUCAGGGAGGGGAAGUAAGAUUAUAAUGGUGAUAUGGAGUGCUGACAACGCAGCCCGCUUCCUAAGCCACCUCUGCCACAUUGCACAAAGGUUAGCGUUUUUAUGCCAGUUAAGCAAUUAAUUUUCAGGGAGCAAAAAUACUCCAGUAUCAGAAUUAGGUGGCUACUGAGCUAUUUUUAAAGUUAUUUACCAGCAUCCGAAAAGUCAGUGAAACUGGAGGUGUUUCUUCCUGGAGGUGAAUGGAGAUUUAAUUUUUAUUUAGUCCGAUAAUAUAAGUCUGAUUAUAUGAAGCCCUAUUUUGCACCUUCAGUAGUGACAGGGAUGUCUUCAGAUGCAUGGUUUGCUUUCAUGAAAGAGCUGUUGCCUGAAGCCUCAUUGUCUGCAGCAGAGACAAGUAAGGAAUAGCUGUCCUAUACACAAGCGCAAACCUUGUCCUUUACCUAGGAGAUUCUCCCUCCCCUUCAGGCUUUGUGUGAUGCUGUGGAUUUCAAGGAGGCUGCUGUAGCAGUGAACAUUUUGUCCAUAAGAAGGCAUUUUUUCUAUAUUGUACCUGAAGCAGGCAGUGUUGCAUCCACAUAUUGUCUUUCACACAUUUGGCAAGAAGUGAAAUUGGUCAGUCCUCUCUACCUCCCGUUCCCUUUCCAUCAGGCCUUCCCUAAUUUAUAACUAAUGUCAAUCAAGAAGCUGGGUUCCUGACUCAUGGACCCACUUAAGAUAACUUCAUUUAACAUUUUACACUUCAAAAAGGAGUGUUAUCUGAAGGAAAUAUAUAAUAAAAACUUGUAAUGAUUUGUAAUCUGCUUUCUGCGAGAUGUUUUAUUAUCAUGUAAAGUACCUUACCAACCCUCUUAUUUUUGUUUUCGGUUUAUCAGCUCUGUCCCCAUCCCCUCAAAUAAACUAAUCUUUAAAGUA